CGGUCGCUGCUGGUUGCGCGCAGAGGCGUCUGGCAGCAGGAAUUUGGGGAGUGGAAAUUCCGCUGUUACUUUCACGGCUCGCCUCGUAUUUCUGACAUUUCUGCUGUGGCGGUCAGUCAGUCGCUGCGAUCUGAGAAAGGCGGAGAGAGAGCUGAAGAGAAAUAAGGAGUAAAAUCCGGAGCUCCGCUGUUGGUUUUCUCUGAAUGUCGCCUAACUACUGAUUUCUCUCUUUUACGUUUUUACGCUUGGAGGUACGUCCGUCGCUCCUGUUUGGCAUCAGAAGUGAGAGGUUUGAUAAAUAAUCGAGGGCGCGCAGCUGCCACUUUUGGCGAACGGAAUUUUCCUUUUGACUCUUCGUCUUAUUUUCUGCGUUUGGAUUAUUCUUUUUUUUAUUCCAGGAGAUGGCAAGUUGGUCCCUGACAGACGCGGGGAUCUGCUGCUGAAGCUCGCAGGAUGCUGGGGUCCCUACCACGACCAGAUCUCUUACUUUGAGACAUUUCUCCGUUAUUUUUCUCUUUUGGACGUACCCUCCUCUGGACGUUUCUCCUCCUCCGCUCGCCCUUCUUUUCUUUUCCAGAAUGUCUGUCUUGUACAAUCUAAGGAUGCGUAGUGGAUUGCUAUUGUUCCUUUUCUCCCAAGUCAUCUUGGUUGCUUCGUUGACUCAGACCGAUAAAUGCGGGGGGAACAUAGAGAUUCACACCCCGGACUACCUGACCUCCCCGGGCUAUCCCGGCGCAUACCCGCCCUCCCAGCAGUGCGUGUGGGUGAUAACAGCCCCUGAGCCCGGUCAGAAGAUCCUCAUCAACUUCAAUCCGCAUUUUGAUCUGGAGGACCGAGACUGCAAGUACGACUACGUGGAGGUGUACAACGGAGGGGACGAGCUUUCGCCCAUGUUGGGGAAGUUUUGCGGGAAGAUCGCGCCGUCUCCGAUCAUCUCCAGCGGCAGCCAGCUCCUCAUCAAGUUCGUCUCCGACUACGAGACACACGGGGCGGGGUUCUCCGUUCGCUACGAGGUCUUCAAGACAGGUCCAGAAUGUUCCAGGAACUUUACGGCUCCCAGGGGCGUCAUCAAGACACCGGGCUUCCCCGAGAAGUACCCCAACAACCUGGACUGCACCUUCAUGAUCUUCGCCCCCAAGAUGUCUGAGAUCGUGGUGGAGUUCGACAGCUUCGACAUGGAGCCCGACACCACGCCGCCGCCGGGCGCCCUCUGCCGAUACGACUGGCUGGAGAUCUGGGACGGCUUCCCUGCAGUGGGUCCCCACAUUGGGCGGUACUGUGGCCAGACGUCCCCGGGCCGCGUGAUCUCCUACACCGGCAUCCUGUCCAUGACCAUCACCACGGACAACGCCAUCGCCAGAGAGGGAUUCUCCGCCAACUACACCAUCCGCGAGAGGAGCCUUCCCCCGGGCCACGAAGAUGAAGGUUUUGCCUGUAUGGAGCCACUGGGCAUGGAGUCAGGGGAAAUUUCCUCGGAGCAGAUCACCGCCUCCUCCCAGUAUAACUCCAACUGGUCCCCUGAACGCUCACGUCUCAACUACCAGGAGAACGGCUGGACGCCCUCAGACGACACCGUCAGGGAGUGGAUACAGGUGGAUUUGGGAUUCCUCCGAUUCGUCACAGCCAUCGGGACGCAGGGAGCGAUCUCAAAAGAGACCAAGAAGCCCUACUAUGUCCGCUCGUACAAAGUGGACCUGAGCUCCACCGGAGAGGACUGGGUCACCGUGAAGGAGGGCUCAAAGCAGAAGAUCUUCCAGGGGAACCACAACCCGACAGACGAGGUUCACGCCUUCCUCCCCAAGCAGACUCUGGCUCGCUACAUCCGCAUCCGGCCCAUAUCCUGGGAGCAAGGCAUCUGCAUGCGCUUCGAGAUCUACGGCUGCAGAACAUCAGACUACCCGUGUUCAGGGAUGCUGGGGAUGGUGUCGGGCCAGAUCUCGGACGCUCAGAUCAGCGCCUCGUCGUACACCGACCGGGGCUGGGUGGCUGAAAACGCCCGCUUGUUGACGGGGAGAUCGGGCUGGACCGGGCAGCAAACCAAGCAGCCCUUCAGAAACGAGUGGCUUCAGGUGGAUCUGGGCCAGGACAAGAUGGUGAGCGGCGUGGUGAUCCAGGGGGGGAAACACCGCGACAGGAACGUCUUUAUGAAGAGGUUUAAGGUGGGCCACAGCCUGGACGGCGAGGACUGGACCAUCGUCAAGGAGGACAACACCACCAAGCCCAAGAUAUUCAUCGGGAAUCUGAACCACGACACCCCAGAGCUGAGGUCAGUGGGUCCCCUCCUGACCCGCUUCGUCAGGAUCUACCCAGAGAGAGCCACCAACGAGGGGCUGGGCCUCCGGCUGGAGCUGCUGGGCUGCGAACUGGACGACAUCACAACUACAGCUCCUCCCACCACACCCGUCGCCUCCACACUCCCCAUGACCACGUUUGGAGCGACCACCACCGCGCCGAUCACCGUCCCCGGCACGACCCCGGCGGCAGACUGCGAGGAAGGACAGCAGGACUGCGGCGGCGAGACCGAGGCCCCCGAUGACGACGACACAGCGACAGCAGGAAGCACCACAGUGGUCAACCCCAUCAUGGACUUCAUACCAGCCUACGUGUGGUUCGCCUGCAACUUCGACUUCUCGUCGUUCUGCGGCUGGACCAGAGAGACCGGGACGGGGGCUGAGUGGCUCAUCCAGCCCAACGGGGCUCCCGUCGUCCACCGAGGACCCACCCUCGACCACACAGGCGGGCCUGGGAACUUCAUCUACAUGCAGCUGAGUGACACAGACGCGCCGAGUAAAACCAGCGAGGAAGAUGAGGAGGAGGAGAAGGUGGCGAGGUUGGCCAGCCUGCCCAUCACCGCACCGGACGCCGACCUGUGCAUGUCCUUCUGGUAUCACAUGUUCGGUGAACACGCGGGGGCGCUUCACAUCAAGCAGAGGAAGGAGGCGGAGGGGGGGCACAUCCUGUGGACGGUCAGCGGUCACCAGGGCAGCCGCUGGAGGGAGGGACGAGUUUUACUGCCACACUCCAGCAUCUCAUAUCAGGUGGUCGUCGAGGGCGUCGCAGACAGACGCAGUGCAGGUCACAUAGCUGUGGACAACAUCCAGAUCAUGGAUGGCCUGCAGGCCGAGGACUGCAAGGAUCCGGAAGCUCCGACGUCUCCACCAACUGAGAUCCUCAUCCUACCGAUGGACUCCCUCUCACAGGAGAACAGCGAGCUCGGCGGCCCCGGCAACAUGCUGAAGACCCUGGACCCCAUCCUCAUCACCAUCAUCGCCAUGUCCGCGCUGGGCGUCUUCCUCGGCGCCAUCUGUGGCGUCGUCCUGUACUGCGCCUGCUCGCAGGGCAGCAUGACGGACAGGAACUUAUCUGCUCUGGAAAACUAUAACUUUGAGCUGGUGGACGGCGUGAAGCUAAAGAAGGACAAGAUGAACGGACAGACUAACUAUUCAGAGGCGUGAGGGGGAAAGAGUGACGGAGCCGCGAUCGCUCCGCAUGGACACGAGAUGCAGCCAAUCAAGUGGGGGGAACACAGGGCUGAAGCCACCAAUGGGACGGCAGGGUGGGCUGAAAGUGAGCCAAUGUAAUUUUUUUUCUCAGGAGUGGCAGUGGAAGGGACUGACCUGUAGGGGGCACUGUGUAUAAAGAAUCUGUACAGCAAAAAAAGAAGAAAACUAAGGAUUCUAUUUGUUUUUUGGCGUGCUUUGUUGAUUUCAUGUAAUCACAUGCUGGUGUUGAGACCAAUUCAGAUGAAAGUAUCGUUUGUGUACUUUUAUGGGAAGAUAAGAUUUUUUUUUUUCUUUCUCGUUUUCCUUUUUCAGAAGUCAUAGUUUCACAGAAUGAGCGAAGUGUGUGAAAUACACUAUUCUGAUAUCUGGCUCUUUAGCUGGCCAUAUUUCCCUGUGUGUGUGUGUGUGUGUGUGUGUGUGUGUGUGUGUGUAUGUAGAUGUGUCACAUUCAUAUACAUCUGCAAGGUGUGUAUGUGUCUCGCUGUAGGUGUGUAUGUGUGUGUUACACUCGUGUUUAUUUGUAUACAUGAAGUGCAAGCAUCUUUCUGUCUUUGUGUGUGUGUGUGUGUGUGUGUGUGUGCGUGUGUGUGCGUGUGUGUGUGAAGGCGGGUACCAUUGUGACCUGUGUCUAGUUCCAACAGUGCCUUUUUUUUUCGCCUCCAGUUUUUCUGUUGCCUUGUUUUCUGCUGGUUGUUUUCCUCAUCGGCUGGCGUCCCGUCCAGGGUUCCUACACAAACGUGUGGAAAAGUCCAGAAAAUUAAUUUAGUGCUUUUCCAGGUUAUAAAGCUACGAGUUUUCAGCGCCGUAGUGUGCUGACAAACAUCAGGUGUGUCGGUGUAGAGCUGAGGAGCUUCCUGCCUCCAUGACAGUCGUGCUGACAGUGAUUAAAAUAAAAGUCCAAGUUAAGCAGGUAGCAUUUAGGUUUUGGAAAGCUUUGGAAAGUUAUGGAAUUUCAGAAUGGAAAACGUGUAGGAGCCCUGAAUGCCUCGUUUUCAUGGCACAUGACACAUCCAACAUAUUGUACAUAGGUUUUAAUAUAUUUGAGCGCCCUUUUCUAGAGGAAGAAGACACCAGUGCCGCAGUAUCCUUUCUAUGUUGGGAUCAAACUCCAAAAAUUCUGAAAAUGUACAGAAAACAUUCGUAACCUGCGUUUCUUUUCACGCGUGUGAUCUGGCUGCAUUUUGUCCUUGUUUGGUUUCCCUUUGCGCUCCGGGAACAGGAAGCUGUUCACAACGAUGGAAACGCUUUUGAGAUUAUGGAGAAAUGACUCGGAAACGCCUCGUGAGCAGUGAUGCUUUUGUACAGGGUAAAUCGGACAACCUCAGCCCCGCCGAGGUGAAGACGGCACGUCAGCGAUGGAUCAUCAGGACUGAAAUGUUUUCUGUUACUGCUAACAGCCACCGUGUCUCACUGGCUCACGAAAUGACUGUGAAACCUUGAAGCAGACGUGUGUCCAGCAGCCCAGCAGAGAGUCCAGCAGCAUCUUCUGUUAUCCUCUGGAUGCUGACUGCCUUGAUUAAAAAAAACAAGAAAUAAUGUUUGCCGUGACAAUGCUGGACUCCAUCAGUGUGUUGACUAUCAGAGAGAAACGUUUGAAGGACCUUUAAUGGAGCAAAGUGAUGUUUGACUAAUCGCAGCUGCUCAUACCGUCCGAUUCUCCCCUCACGCGUCCUUCUACCUUCAGCUGGAGUGGCCUGGAAAUAACACAGAAUUAAGUCACGUUUCCACACAGCGUGGAAGCUAAUGAGAGCAGAAAUGCCUCGUGAAACCACAGGGCUCAUUAGUGUCUGGAAAUUGGAUUUUAAAAAAGAUCAUUUGCUUUUGUUCGUCCGUUUUUCUUUGUUUUUGUUUUCUGUGGGACUCUGCAGCAGCUCCAUCUGUUUUUUUUACCCCUGUUUUACUCACCGCUCUCUAUUCGCAGGAGCAUUUUCUUCGUUUCCUGUAAUCCAGAGUGAUCGGCGGCCUCUUAACAACUUUAGAGUCUUAGAUGAGAGUCAGCUUUAACAGAUUGGUUCCUUUUUUAAGAAAUCUGGGUAUUUUUAAGUGAAAAUUGGUUAAAACUGUAAAGGAAAAGCCUUAUAUAAAUACUGUACUAAUAAUACCGCUUUGUUGUGUUUUAGCUUUUGUAGCUAAAUGUGUUGUGAUACUGGUCACUUGUUCAUAGCACUGUAUAGGCGGGAGGGUUGAGUCUUGAAAGCCAGAAAAUUUCACCGGUCUCUAACUCAUCGGUAUCAACGGAGCAACCUUGUCAACCUCCAGCAGGUGUUUUGUGUCCACUCUGUGAAUUUCCUUUUACGCUGGACAAAGCGAUUGCAGAUUUAAAAGCCAUGAAGCAGCUAUGAUCAUUUGACAUAUUGGGAGAACAGCGUUUGUUCCUGUUGCACUGUGGGAGGUCAAUCUGCCCAUCUUUAAUGUAGCACUACGUGGCAUCACGCGAGCUCAGAAUGUGAAGUGGGACCGUAAUAUGGCGUCAGUUAUUUAAGAUGAGGCUUCAGAGACAUUAUGUUGUACUUCCUCAAUCAGUUUAGAUCGAAUCAUUGUCUGGUUUUAGCAAGGACUGGGAGAACGUGUCGUCUCUGUGUCCUCAGCAAAACAUCAGCCUCGUAUGUUUCCAGCAAAAGCACCAGACAGGAAUUAUCUGUACGAAAAUUGGAUUUGAGUCUGGCCGAAUGUGUUUCUAAUGUUUCAGGCAGACACAAAUGAAGCUCCUUCCCCUUUAAACAAGAAAGGAUGCUGCAGCACUCGAUGUGAAAACAAAUGUUGCACUGAUAUAUUUAAAAAGAAAUCCGUGUUUAUGAUGUUGAUUUAUGAAAAGAGAGAAAGAGGGAGGGAGAGGACAGUGUUAUUGUUGCUUCUUUUUAACACAGUUUCAGAUGACAAUGUUAUAAUUCUGAAAAGUACAAUUUACAGAGAUGUUUUUCAUUCUCGAAAAAGCUUAUAGGCGUCUCUUUGAAACGUAACAGUUUUAUUUACUUGGUAUAAUAUCACCUUGUGUUUAUGUCACUGAUGUUCGUGCCAUUGUUUUGUUUUGUUUUUUUUUUCUUUGUAUGGCAAGAAAAAAAGUUUUAUUUCCAAUACUGCUUCUGUAAUUUUUGCUGUCUCAGAUCCAGAACAGAACAAGAAAGGAAUUAAGGAAGUAAAAAAAAAAUGGAAAAGCAGUGAGGCCUUAAGUGACUAAAAGUAUUGUUUGUACUUUGACUUUCUGGUCAGCGCCCAGACUCAUCCGUC